AUGGCAGUUACUGCAGGCGCCAUUGAGCGUAAAGAUUCAAAUCCCAGUGGUGAAUUCUCUGAAACCAUAGAUCAUUCAGCAACUCAUGCAACUUACAUCGAAGCAAAUGAGUUAUCUGAAGAACAUAGACAAUAUCUUCUUGCACGACAUGGAACUCUUGAUUUAGAUCCUUUACCUGGACCUAGUGAAGCUGAUCCAUACAAUUGGACAAACUCAAACAAAGUUACAAAUCUUGUACUCGUUGCACUUCAUGCAUGUAUGUCAACAUUUACAGCAGCAGCCAUUAUUCCAGCCUACGAAAGUAUCGCGGAAGAACUAGGUGUAUCACUUCAACAAGCUUCAUAUCUUACCUCACUUCAAAUUGCCAUCUUGGGAGGAGCUCCCCUCCUGUGGAAACCUCUAUCCAAUACUUUCGGCAGAAGACCUCUAUUCCUUAUAUCACUUCUUAUUAGCUUGGUUGGAAACAUAGGAUGUGCUAAAUCUCCCACCUAUGCCACUAUGGCACUUUGUCGUGCCAUUGUUGCAUUCUUCAUUUGUCCUGCUGGAGCAAUUGGUAGUGCGGUGGUUACAGAAUCAUUCUUCAAGAAAGAUCGAGCUCGUUAUAUGGGAAUCUGGACACUUAUGGUAACAAUUGGAGUUCCAUUUUCUCCCUUCGUCAUGGGAUUCGUCGCCAACAAUGUAGGAUGGAGAUGGAUUUAUUGGAUCUUGGCAAUUAUGAACGGAGUCCAAUUCAUCGCCUAUGUUUUCUUGGGUCCAGAAACUAGAUACCUUCGUCAUGGAGUCCAACAUCCUAAAUCUUCUUUCAAAGAAGAAUAUCUUACUUUCCAUCGAAUUGAUCCUUCACCACUUCGUGUCUACGAUUUUGUCCACCCUCUUACUCUCUUCGCAAAACCAUGUAUUGUCAUCCCAGCAGUUGCAUAUGCCAUGACUUUCCUCUUCGGUUCCGUCCUCAUCACCGUCGAACUCCCCCAACUUUUCGCCGAAAAAUUCGGUUUCAAUGCCCAACAACUCUGUUACCAAUUUCUCGCUCUCAUCAUCGGUUCCGUCAUCGGUGAACAACUCGGAGGCAAUCUUUCCGAUUUCUGGAUGAAUCGCAAGGCUCGCAAAACAGGUGUCCAGUCCGCCCCCGAACAUCGUUUAUGGUUAAGUUACGCGGGGUUCGUCCUCACUAUUGUCGGAGCUGUGGUUUUCCUCGUCAGAACAGAACAGGCAGAGAAUAUGCAUUGGAAUAUUACACCGGUUAUUGGAAUCGCCAUUGCGGGCGUGGGAAAUCAAAUUGUCACGACGGUUUUGAUUACUUAUGCGGUGGAUUCGCAUCUUGAGGAAUCGGCGAGUAUUGGAGUUUUCAUCACGUUUGUGAGACAAAUCUGGGGGUUUAUCGGGCCUUUUUGGUUUCCAUCUAUGUUCACAAAUCUCGGCCUCUCGAAAAGUGCAGCGGUCGCAGCGGGUCUCCUCAUCGGAGUCAGUAUUAUCCCUACGUUUUUUGUGCAACUGAUGGGGAAACGUUGGAGACCAUCAAGACCUGCGGAUUUGGCAGGAAGAGUGGCGGAUCGGGAAAGAGGGGGAGUGGUUGCGGAUGCGAAUGAGAGUGUGAGUGGAAAUGGAGAGAUGAAAUGA